UAAAGCCAAAGUAUCUCUAAUGAAACUGAAGUUGUUACAUGGUGAAAGUUGUUUUCCACCUAAAUCCUGUAUGAUGCUGAGAAAAUCUCGGUGAGAAAGAAGGAGCAUUUGGUUCUUCCUCAGGAGGUGAAAGUCAACCCCUGGGAAAAGACCAGCGUGAUGGAUUCUUCAGACAAUGCCAGCUCCUGUGUGAUGGAGAACACCAAUCCGCAGGAAGAGGAUGGAAGAAAGCAGCAGCACCCAAAAGUGAAAAGUUUCUGUUCAGUAAGAUAUGGCGUGGCCAUCAUGGUACAUUUCUGUAGUCUAAUAACAACUACACAAUUUUCCAGUCUGAACAUUGCCAUCAUUGCCAUGGUGAACCACACAGACCAGUCAAGUCAAUCCAAUGUUUCCACAAAGAGAUAUCCUGGUGCCACCGCAGAUACAGGGGUACCAGUGUAUGACUGGAACCCAGAAAUCCAGGGUCUCCUCCUCAGUGCUAUGCUCUAUGGCUCAUUUAUCACAACAAUCCCAGGUGGUUAUUUCUCUGGAGUUCUUGGAGGAAAGAAAAUAGCUGGAUUAUCAUUGCUUCUCUCCUCAGUUCUCAGCCUCUUGAUACCAUUAGCAGCAGACUCCGGACUGCCUUACUUGUUUCUUGUAAGGAUAGUACAAGGCCUGGCUCAGGGGAUGAACUUCAGCGCUCUGCCUGCAUUUUGGCCAAGAUGGGCUCCACCACUGGAACGUACUCAACUAAGUAACAUUGGUUUAUCUGGUGCAGUAAUGGGAACUUUCACCGUGGUCAUCGCGGGUGGUUUCCUCUGUGAGUCCCCAGGCUGGCCAAGUAUCUUCUACAUAUUUGGAGGCAUUGGCUGCGUCUACUCUGUUAUCUGGUUUUCUCUGGUUUUCGAUGACCCUAUGAAACACCCAUUUAUAAGUGACAGUGAAAGAGAAUACAUUAUUUCUUCAUUGGCUGAACAGGCCACUUCUCCUAAUUGGUCUUUGCCUUUCAAAGCUAUGAUGAAGACUCUGGCAAUUUGGGCCAUUAUAAUCCCUGCCAUUUGUCGAGUCUGGUUAAUUAGCAACUUAACAACAUCACUGCCGACACUAUUAGACAAUAUGUUUGAUCUAAACUUUGGAAAGAAUGGGUUUCUGAGUGCACUGCCUCUUAUUACUUCAUGGAUCAGUAUGACUCUGGGAAGUAAAAUAGCUGAUUUCCUCCUGUCCAAGAAGAUUCUCAGACUAAUCACAGUUCGGAAACUCUUCACAUUUGUGGGAAUGUUUUUCCCAUCUUUAUUCACCGUAGCUAUCCCAUAUGUUGGCUCCACUACUGCUGUAACCUUUAUGAUACUGGCUAGCUCAGCAAGUGCCCUGUGUUACUCUGGAUUCAUCGUUAGUCCCCUAGACUUUGCUCCCAGAUAUGCUAGCUUUAUCAUGUCACUGGGAACUACUGCUAUGUGGAUUUCAGGGCUCAUUUCUCCCUUCAUAACUGGAUACUUCAUCAACCAGGAUAAUACAACUGGCUGGAAGAAUGUUUUCUUUCUAUCAUCUGCUAUUAAUGUAUUAGGAAUGAUUUUCUACCUCAUCUUUGGCCAGACAGACAUCCAGAAUUGGGCCAAAGAGCAGAGACUCACCCGCUUCUGA